AUGGCAGAGCAAACUGUUAACUCGUGGUACAGAAUGGCAGAGCAAACUGUUAACUCGCGGUACAGAAUGGCAGAGCAAACAGUUAACUCGUGGUACAGAAUGGCAGAGCAAACAGUUAACUCGCGGUACAGAAUGGCAGAGCAAACUGUUAACUCGCGGUACAGAAUGGCAGAGCAAACUGUUAACUCGCGAAGAAACCGACGGAAGAAUCAGAAAGGACGGAACCAACGGAGGAAUAUCACAAAGGAUAGAGUCAACCGAGAAAUCACAAAGGAUGGAACCGACGGAGGAAUCACAAAGGAUGGAGACAAAAGAGGAAUCACAAAGGAUGGAGCCGACGGAGUAGUCACAAAGGAUGGAGUCAACCGAGAAAUCACAAAGGAUGGAGACAAUAGAGGAAUCACAAAGGAUGGAGCCGACGAAGGAGUCAUAAAGGAUGGAGUCAACCGAGAAAUCACAAAGGAUGGAGUCAACGGAGGUAUCACAAAGGAUGGAGACAAUAGAGGAAUCACAAAGGAUAGAGUCAACCGAGAAAUCACAAAGGAGAGAGUCAACCGAGAAAUCACAAAUGAUGGAACCGACGGAGGAAUCACAAGGAUGGAGUCAACCGAGAUAUCACAAAGGAUGGAGACAAUAGAGGAAUCACAAAGGAUGGAGCCGACGGAAGAAUCACAAAGGAUGGAGUCAACCGAGAAAUCACAAAGGAUAGAGUCAACCGAGAAAUCACAAAGGAUGGAGUCAACCGAGAAAUCACAAAGGAUAGAGUCAACGGAGGAACCAACCGAGUCAACAGAGGAAUCACAAAGGAUGGAACCGACAGAGGAAUCACAAAGGGAUGGAGUCAACCGAGAAAUCACAAAGGAUAGAGUCAACCGAGAAAUCACAAAGGAUGGAGUCAACCGAGAAAUCACAAAGGAUGGAGUCAACAGAGGAAUCACAAAGGAUGGAGUCAACGGAGGAAUUACAAAGGAUAGAGUCAACAGAGGAAUCACAAAGGAUGGAGUCAACGGAGGAAUCACAAAGGAUAGAGUCAACCGAGGAAUCACAAAGGAUGGAGUCAACGGAGGUAUCACAAAGAAUGGAGUCAACCGAGGAAUCACAAAGGAUGGAGUCAACGGAGGUAUCACAAAGAAUGGAGUCAACCGAGGAAUCACAAAGGAUGGAGUCAACGGAGGAAUCACAAAGGAUGGAGUCAACGGAGGAAUCACAAAGGAUGGAGUCAACGGAGGUAUCACAAAGGAUGGAGUCAACGGAGAAAUCACAAAGGAUGGAGUCAACAGAGGAAUCACAAAGGAUGGAGUCAACGGAGGAAUCACAAAGGAUGGAGUCAACCAAGAAAUCACAAAGGAUAGAGUCAACAGAGGAAUCACAAAGGAUAGAGUCAACGGAGAUAUCACAAAGGAUAGAAAUAUAGUCAACGGAGGAAUCACAAAGGAUGGAGUCAACAGAGGAAUCACAAAGGAUGGAGUCAACCGAGAAAUCACAAAGGAUGGAGCCGACAGAAAAAUCACAAAAGAUGGAGUCAACCGAGGAAUCACAAAGGAUGGAGUCAACGGAGGAAUCACAAAGGAUGGAGUCAACAGAGAAAUCACAAAGGAUAGAGUCAACCGAGAAAUCACAAAGGAUGGAGCCGACAGAAAAAUCACAAAGGAUGGAGUCAACAAAGAAAUCACAAAGGAUGGAGUCAACGGAGGAAUCACAAAGGAUGGAGUCAACAGAGGAAUCACAAAGGAUGGAGCCGACGGAGGAACCACAAAGGAUGGAGUCAACAAAGAAAUCACAAAGGAUGGAGUCAACCGAGAAAUCAAAAAGGAUGGAGCCGACGGAGGAACCACAAAUGAUAGAGUCAACCGAGAAAUCACAAAGGAUAGAGUCAACCGAGAAAUCACAAAGGAUGGAGCCGACGGAGGAAUCACAAAGGAUGGAGUCAACCGAGAAAUCACAAAGGAUGGAGUCAACGGAGAGGAUGGAGUCAACAGAGGAAUCACAAAGGAUGGAGUCAACGGAGGAAUCACAAAGGAUGGAACCGACAGAGGAAUCACAAAGGAUGGAGUCAACCGAGAAAUCACAAAGGAUGGAGCCGACAAAGAAAUCACAAAGGAUGGAGUCAACCGAGAAAUCACAAAGGAUGGAGUCAACGGAGGUAUCACAAAGGAUCGAGUCAACGGAGGAAUCACAAAGGAUGGAGUCAACCGAGAAAUCACAAAGGAUGGAGCCGACGGAGGAACCACAAAUGAUAGAGUCAACCGAGAAAUCACAAAGGAUGGAGUCAACCGAGAAAUCACAAAGGAUGGAGUCAACAAAGGAAUCACAGAGGAUGGAGUCAACAGAGGAAUCACAAAGGAUGGAGUCAACCGAGAAAUCACAAAGGAUGGAGCCGACAAAGAAAUCACAAAGGAUGGAGUCAACCGAGAAAUCACAAAGGAUGGAGUCAACGGAGGUAUCACAAAGGAUCGAGUCAACGGAGAAAUCACAAAGGAUGGGGCCGACGGAGUAAUCACAAAAGAUGGAGCCGAAGGAGGAAUCACAAAGGAUGGAGCCGACGGAGGAAUCACAAAGGAUGGGGUCAACGGAAGAAUAACAAAGGAUAGAGUCAACCGAGAAAUCACAAAGGAUGGAACCACAAAGGAUAGAGUCAACAGAGGAAUCACAAAGGAUGGAGUCAACCGAGAAAUCACAAAGGAUGGAGUCAACGUGAAAUCAUAA